ACCAAUCUCGGAGCCAGAGGCAGCCAGAUACUUUUAGCUAUUAAAAUGUGGUGACUAUUCAUUUAUUACUAAUAAAUAUGGAUAGCAAAAAUGCAACUGCUUGGGAACCUUGUAAUUGGGAGAUUCAACUGAACAAUAUUAGAAAAAUGCGCUCAAAUUUUACAGCUCCUGUAGAUAAAAUGGGAUGUCAUAAAUGUGCAGAUAAAUCUGUGAGUGACUCCAUUUUUCGUUAUCAAACUUUAAUAGCUCUGAUGCUUAGUAGUCAAACUAAAGAUGAGAUUACUUUUUCUGCUAUGCAACGUCUAAAAAACAUUGAUUUUUCACCCAGAACCAUCGUCUCCAUGCCUGACAAUGAUUUGGGGCAACUUAUUUAUCCAGUUGGAUUUUGGAAGGUUGUAACAACAAAUUGCUAUCAAAAUAACAAUUUUUUUAAUGAUACAAUGAUGCUAUUGCCAUUUCGCUGA